UUGCUGAAUUGAGGAGUGGAGGGGCAACGACUAGCCCGGAGGGGUGGAAGGGCAGGGCAAUGCUGAGGAAGCGAAAAUCUGCCAUUUGAGUGUUGGCGAGCGACGUGUUACAAUGUUGAGCAACGGCUGCGCCUUUGACUGAAUUGCAUUCGUCAGCGAUAUGCUUUCAGAAAAGGAACUCUUGUAUUAUUUAACAUCUUGCAGUGGUGUGUUUUCCCAAAAUUGGUGUGCUUUAUUUACCAUAUUUCAGAAUGCGAUGUUUCAUCUGUGUGGUAUAUUGGCUACCAUGAAUACAUUAAGCAUCCAGUAGGAGUUGCAAGUGCGCUACCUGCUGCUAGCAGGGCCAUCUGGUGCAUCGUGGCAUCAGGACUGAUCGUCUCCUGCAGCAGUCUACCACACAGCGUCAUCACUGAAUGCUCCAUCGUCCAUGCGGUCCAAUCCCACAUUUGCAGACUUGUGUAGUGCGCCCUGGAGCCUCCAAAAGGUCUGUCUCUAACUAUUUUAGUGGUGAGCCGAGACUGCCAUGAAUUGGUGACGUGCGUACAAAUUCGGGGAAGGAGUGCUGAUCCCGACUCGUGCGCAUGUGAGAAGAGUUGCCAACAAGUUUUGAUGUCAUUGUAUCUAAUGUAUUGGAUUGAAUCCAAUAUCCAAUGUAUUGGAAAAUUAUCCUAAAAUCGUGUGGAUUUUAUGGGAAUAGACUUGCGUUGAUAUCCCUGUUCUAGAAAGUUUUCCACGCAUCUUGACAAUCUGUAUUGUAAUUAUAAUUGCAAAUUGAAUUACUAACAAUGAACAGUGCAUUGUAAUUUAACAAAAGUUUGAAGCGAGUACCAGAGACGAAGAAUCGUAGUAUUGUACUGCAAAGUUAGGUUGCAUAAAGUCAUAAGAA